UAAUAACAAACAAUAUAAUGAGUAAUAUUGGAGCUGAUACAAUUACCAUUCUUAGUAUUGAUGGAGGAGGAGUUAGAGGGAUCAUCCCUGGGGUCAUUCUUGAUUUCCUUGAAUCCAAACUUAAGGAAUACGGUGGCGAGAAUACAAGGUUGGCAGACUACUUUGAUGUGAUCUCAGGGACAAGCACUGGUGGUCUUAUUGCAGCAAUGAUAUCAACACCCAACGACUAAAACCGGCCUUUGUAUGACGCCAAUCAGAUUGUCCCUUUCUACAAACGGGAAUGCCCAAAAAUCUUCAAAAAGAAGUGCAAAUUUUGUCAAUCGUCAUAUGAAAACAAUAAUGGCGUUGCUGUGGAAAUGCACCAGAGUACCCAUUCAGAAGACUGUCAUGAAAUGUACCUGAAAAUGUUAACAGAUGCAGCAGCUUCCCAUGGAAACGAGAAUAAUAAGAAAGUUUUAUUAGGGUCAACGUAUGAUGGUAAAAACCUUCAAAAAUUGGCUAGAGACAUCCUUGGAGGUAACCGUCUGAGCGAUACUCUGACAAAUCUAGUCAUUCCUGCAUACGACAUCAAGAAACUCUCACCUGUUGUCUUCUCCUCUUAUGAGGUGGAUAAUGGGAAUGAAGAAUUGGAUGCUCUUUUAUCAGAUAUCUGCAUUAGCACCUCUGCAGCACCAACUUACCUUCCUGCUUAUAAGUUCUCCAACAAAAAUACAGAAUUCAACAUGAUUGAUGGAGGGGUUGCCGCUAAUAAUCCAACUGUAGCUGCUAUUACGGAAGUUGUGAAAAAAAAGGGCAAAACUUCAUUUAGAAAAAGGAAAAGGAAAGGGAAAAAGAAAAAGGGGAGAAGAAGAAGAGAGUGACUUGAUAAAUUCUUCUCGUCUUCUUGUACUCUCCUUAGGAACAGGAGCCGAAAAGAACGUGGGGAAGUACAGUGCUGAUGUGGUUAAUAGUUGGUGGACUAAUGUUAAUUGGAUACAAAACCCACCCUUGAAUUUCCGGACUUCGGAUUGUCCAAUCAUUGAUUUCAUGUCUGACGCAAACGCAGAUAUGAUUGAUCACUACAGCACAAUAUUUUUUGAUUCAUCUCUUCAUCGUGAAAAUUUCCUUCGUAUUCAGAUCUGGUAUGGAAUAAGAACCCCUACGACUUGGUUCUUUCGACUUUUUCCUAUUUGUCAAGUUGAUCUCAAAAUGUUUCUAAAAAAAACAUUGUGUUAUUGAUAUGUUAAAUUAAAAAGGCUAAGUAAAAAAAGAAAUAGUUAACAAAUAAGGAUACAUUCACUUCUAGGCGUGAGGAGUACUCAAUGUACUUUUGCCACUGCUCCGCUGAACAUCCUCUGUAUUGAUUUGUAAGCCCAAAUUUUUUAAGAUUCUCGCCUAAAUCACACUUCCAAUUAGCGUACCGUUUUGCACAGGAUUUGUCUAUUUUGUGCAAGAUUCCUUGGAGGUGCUCUGCUACAUAUAUUUGUCGUCCGAUGUAAAAUAAAUAUAUUCUAGGUGUCAAAUAUUUAUUAGUAAAUAUGAUAUGUAAUUAAAGAAAAGAAACAUAAAUAUAAAAUAAUUUACCUUUAGCCGCUAUAAUAUCAUCCUUUUGGAGGCCUCCACUACGUUUGACCAAUUUUUACAUUUAUGAUCUGUAUACUUUCUCACCAGUAACUCUACCUCCCUAUUGGAACAUGACGUGUAAUCUCCUACCUUUUUAUAAGUUUUUUCUCUCAAAUCCCAUUCAAGAGGGUAAAUGACGUUUAAAUUUUUCCCUCUCAUGUCGUGUAGUUAAUUCUUUGUAGCGUCCAUAUUUUUUCGAAGCAACUAUUAUUUAUAAAUUAAUAUGUAAACAUAAAUAUUAAUAACCUAUUUAUAUGAUGUCUAACUGUAAUAUAUUUAAGUUUAAAUAUUAUCAAACUUAUAAAAUUGAGUAAUAAUUUAAAUUCGACUUACUUUUUUUUUCUAUUUUAAAAUAUUAAUUUAAUUUUGGGUAGGUAACCAU